GACUACCACCACGACGGCCACAAUGAGCUCGACAGCAUCGACGGCAUCUUCUCUGAACGCGACCUGGUGAAGGACACCCCGGCCGACUACGACCGCAAGGCCCGGGAUGAAGAACGAGAGGUGUCUCGUUUAGAAGGGCCACCUCCGGAGCAUGAGUCUCUUGAGGCCGAAGCAAUGAAGGAAGCUCGAAAUGAAUGGCGUCGGCUUCCUUAUGGCCAACGUGUGGCCCUGCGCCGGCUGCACCAUAUGACCGGCCACAGCAGCCCAGCCUCUUUGCAGAGGCUCCUUCGGACUGCUGGUGGCGACCCGGCAGCGAUAAAGGCCCUCAACUUCUUCCACUGCCCGACCUGCGAGCACCACCGGGAACCGAAACCCACACCUUCGGUGCGCCUCCCCGGAGACUACACCUUUAACAAGGAGAUCUCCCUCGACACCUUUGUGGUGAAGGACUCCCUGGGGGUCAAGUUCAAGGUUCUCAGCAUUGUCUGCCAGGGCACGCUUUUUCACAUUGCUUGUGUGAUUGGCCAAGGGGACGGCCCGCCUGCCUCAUCAGAUGUGGCAGAUGCUUUGAACAAGAUGUGGUUCUCCUGGGCAGGAGCCCCCACCGCUGUUGUACUGGACCGCGGCUGCGAGAACCGUGGCCAGCUUCAAGCUCUUCUCCGUGGCCGCGGGGUGAUCUUGCGCUAUAUCGGGCUAGAAAGUCCCAACCAACUGGGCCGGGGAGAACGGCAAGGAGGCAUCCUCAAAGAGGUUCUUCAGCACAUUGUGGUCGGGCGCCAGCUGGUUGGAAGGCGAGACAUGGAGUAUGCCACGAGUGAGGCGGCGUCCAUCAAGAACAACCGCCUGCACAAUGCCGGGUUCACGCCCAGCCAAUGGGUGCUCGGCCGUCUCCCGGAGGAGAUCGACGCGCUCACCAACCCCCUGGCCGAGAACCGCAUUGGCCAGCACCAGGAGAUACAGGACGGCGAGAGCCCUUUUGCCAGGCAAAUGCUGAUACGGGCGGCUGCCCGCGAGGCCUUCGCCCACUACGACUCCUCACGCCGGAUCAGAGCAGCCAUGCUCCGAAAGGGGGCGUCUCAGCCCGGGCCCUUUGUCACCGGCGACCUUGUCUGUUUCUUCAAGAGAGGCAGCCAUGGGAGCAAGAAAGGAACGGGACGAUGGUAUGGACCUGCCCGGGUGAUUGGGCAUGAGUCCCGCUCUCUUCUCUGGGUGGUUCACGGAGGCAUCCCAAUGACUGUGGCGACCCACCAGUGCAGACACGCCACUGGGGAAGAGGCUGUUACCAAACGCGAGCUGGAGUUGAGACCAUCCCGUAAGAGACGGCGGGAGGAGGCGAGCGGACCAGGACCGGACGAAAACUACGACUACCCGUUCGGCGACGACCUGGCCGGAAGCCCUCGCCGAGGACAAGUUCAAGGGACCUUCUUUGACGUCCAGGACCACAUGAGCGACUACGAGCCCAGCCUGCCUGACGAGAACCCGGACGAGGCCACGGGAAGUUUGCCGGGACCCUCGGCACCACCGGGGCUGGGAUCACCCGUUCCCCUUCCUUUGCCUGCUGUGCCUGAAGACACGCCGGCAAUGACCACACCGGUCCCGGAUGGUUUCAGUGACGACAGCCCGAGCAGCGCCAACGAACCCGAGCAGGAGGAAAUCCCUGGGAGCAGCAGACGCACGAGCUCUUCCACUCCGGCACCGCCUGUUCCCUCGAUGGCCGUGACGCCUCUUAUGGAGGCAAUGAGACGCUCUACCGAGGGACUGGACGGCACUCCCCGCGGCACACCUCGGGGACGCUCAAGAUCACCGGCGCCGACUUCGAGAAACACGACUGGACCGCGCGUGGACGACCCAGCGAGCCGGGCCUUCCACUCCUUCCUCGCCAAGAGAGUUGCCAAGAAAACGGCUCAGGCGCGAAGCAAGGAGCUGAACUUUGACAAGGCCACCGGCACCGAGCGAGAGGGAAUUCAAGCGGCCAGGAAAAAGGAGUGGAGCAACUGGCUGAACUUUGAGGCCGUGAUCCAGCUCACCCCUGCGGAAGCCCAAAAGAAGCUUGAGGAGCACCCAGAGCUGAAGGUGACGCCGAUGAGAUGGGUCGACGGCAACAAGGCCCAACCUUGGGAGACCCCAAGGUAUAAGAGCAGGAUCGUGGUGAGAGGCGACUUGGAGAAGGGCGCCGACGAGGCGCGCACCGAUUCGCCCACCUGCUCCAGCCUGGCCAUGAACCUGGUGCUUUCCGCGGCAAGCUGCAAGAGAUGGCCUUUGAAAGGCGGCGACAUCACCGCCUCCUUCCUGCAGGGUGAGCUCAUGGUUCGUACCUUACUUCUUUCUCAGCCGAAAGGAGGGCUACCUGGGGUGCCACCUGACUCCUUCUUCCUCGCCCGGAAGCCCGUCUACGGCACGAAGGACGCACCCCGCGGUUUCUGGAGACGCCUCCAUCGCACCUGCCUGAAGGAAGGUCUGGAGGCUGUGGACCACGAGCACUCCUUCUACGUUCUACGUGGCCCUGGCGGAACUGUCGAGGGCCUUUUGGUCAGCCACGUUGAUGACCUGCUGUGGACGGGAACCUCCAGCAUGGAUGCCGUGAUGGACCGAGUGCAGGAAGCCUUCAAAUUCGGGACUUUAGAGCUCGGGAAGGACUUCGAAUAUUGCGGCAGGCGAAUCGAGCAGACCGACCAGGGCAUCCGGGUUACAUGCCCAAAUGUUGCUCCAAAGUUCGGCCGAUUCACCUCCCGGCCGAGACCUGGCCAAGUGCAACAGCCUCCUGCAGUACGCCAAGGGGAAUCCGGGGAAGGGUCUCUCUCAAUCACCGACGCGUCCCACGCCAACGACUACGAUGUGUCUGGUAGUGGCCAGCUGCUGGGCCACCGGUCCCAGUCUGGGCGGAUGAUCCUUCUUUGCGGCCCUGAGUUCAUGAAGAAGGGGACCGGCGUGGUGCAUCUUUUGUCCUAUCACUCGUCUGUCAUCAAGCGAGUGUGCAGGUCCACCAUGCAAGCAGAAACGCUAAGCAUGCUGGCAGGGUACGAAGAAUCAGAGCAUUUGCGGACAGUGAUGUACAACCUACGACACCGCGACAACGACAAGGGCCUUGUGAAAUCCAUGGACGCGAUCCACGUGCACCUCCUCACCGACUGCCGCUCUUUGGAGGAACACCUGCGACAGGCAGGCCUCCACACCGUACUGGAUAAACGCCUGGCCAUAGACCUGAGUGGUCUUCGGCAGGUUGUGUGGCGCAACCCUGGCGAGCUCACCGGUGACCCGCUCUUCACGGACUUCCCUCCGGAGAACGCCACGACCACGGUCACUUGGGUGGAGACCAGUACGAUGCCAGCAGAUGCCCUUACGAAGGAUAUGAAAUGUGCGACCCGCUUCGGCGAGUCUUUGCAGUGCGCCAGUGUGGGCUUCAAGCUCGCACUGGUAGCGGAGCUGCCAGGGUUCAGGGACACGCCUUUCGUCAUGGCCGCCUCCCUGCUGGACAGCUUGCGUUUUCCGACCUUUUUCGGUGAUGCUGACGAUGGCGCCUUUGGCAAUGCCGAGGGCAAGUUUGGUGUGCCGCGCUUCAGCGGCGACCCGGCGCGAUUUUCAGAAUGGAGCUUCCGUGUCAAGACCCGCAAGGCCAAGGAGGCGAAGAUGUCUAAGGAGGAACGUGAGAAGCUGGGGCCGCUCGGCCUCAGGCUGCUUGAGGGCCUUACCGGCCACGCCUUGCAGCUAGCCCAGCUCAUGAAAGUCGAGGACCUCGAGAAGGAUGAUGGCGAGCAGGUUCUCAUGGACCACCUCCAGACCGCCCUUCGGCCACGACGGCAGCAGCAGGCACGGGAACUCUAUGAG